AUGCAAAUAUCAUCAAAAAAAACAUUAUAAAAUAUAUUUACCAAUUUUUCUUUGCCACCGUAAGGAAUACAAAAUAAAUAUAAAUAGGAAUGACUUCUAUAAGCGCAUCCAAAAAGUCCAAAACUUGUAGAUAUACUUGUACAAGCUAACCGAACUGGUUUGUAUCGCAAACGUUAAGGUAUAAUUUUAGAUAAAAAUGAAACUCGUCUGUGUUAUAAUAUCAUUUACAUAUUUUGUAAACGUUUCAACAUUAGACCAAAGGAAGUAUAAGGAGGAAAUGUACAUUACAAACCACCAACUCAAACUCAUAGAUAAAGACUCUCAACUCAACCGUACAAAUGAAAGUAAAGUGGACAAAUUAGUCGUGCAUUUAUUGUUUUCAAAUUUACCAAUUGUUGAUAUGGUUAUACUGUUGGCUACGCCAGACUUUUAUGGCGAGGAUUUGAAAACGAGGUGCGAGAUCGAAAGAAAAUUACAGACUGUAAUACAAUCGACAAACGUCAAUGUCCACGAGCCUCCAAUCAAGAACAUAAAUUUUGAUAAAAUUGAAUUAUCAAAUUUCGGAGACGUUAGAAGGGACAUGAUUUACCCGUCUUUGAAACGUAUACUCGUCGAUGUAGAAAGAUCAACCGUACUGGAUCUCGACCCGCUUAGGGUAUGCCAUUUAAUAGCGUUGUUGAAAAGUUCAUUGGAUCCUGGUCAGCGAAUAAAAGAAGUUAAUUACGACAGCGACGGUUGUACACUUGUUAGUGUACUUGACAGGAAAUCAUACUACAAGCAGUAUCCCGGUGGAAUUUAUAAUUUAAACGCACUCACUGGUGAGAAAGGGGACAAACUUGGCAUUGAUCUAGUUUGAGCUGAUCUGCACAACUGCGGGCGUUUCAUUUUCAUAAAUGUUAUCUGUUCUAUUAUACAAGUAGUGAUAAACAAUUUUACUGUAUAAAAAAAAACACGAUGUUAAUACAUUAAUUGCAAACCUCUUUUUUCACGGCAAAUAUUCUUUCUUCACUGGCCCUGUCAAGACAAGUGAACGAAAUACUUAUAAUAUGAGCGCAAAAAUUAAAUUUUAAUACAGUAUUUUGAGC